GGUGGCCAACUCCAUUUCGAGCGCAACUCGAUGGCGACCGCCAAGCUCGCCGACCACUUCAAGAAGACGUCGCCGGCGCCGCCGACGAGCUUCCAGUUCUCGUUCCAGACAGACGCGCCGGCGCCCGCAGAGGCGGCGCCCAAGAAGCCGUCAAAGGCGGCGAAGGUGGCUACGACAAAGGCGGCGACGACGACCGUUGCCGACGUGGCAACGCAGCUCGAGGCGGUCACGGUCGCCGACACGAGCGCGCCGUCCAGUGCUAGUACCAAGAAGAAGAAGAAGGCCAAGAAGAAGGCCAAGAAGAAGGCGUCGGCGCCGGCGGUUGUCGUAGAUGCGCCGCCCGCGUCGUCCGAGUUUCAGUUCCUCUUUAGCUUUGACAAGCCUGGCUUUUCCGAAUCCGAGCUCGCCGAGCUGACACCCGAGCCGCUGAAGAAGAAGAAGCCCGUCAAAGCAUGGGCCAAGCAGAAGAAGCCGGCGCCGGCGCCAAUCGUGCCCGAGCCCAAGGACCCGUCGGGCACGACGACCUUUGUGACGCUUCGAAAAGCCAACGACAACUCGUCGGAAGUCCAGAAAAUGCAGCUGCGCUACGGCAAGGGCAAGCGCAUCGUCGCGCACCCGAUCAAGAAGAAGCCGCUCGCCGACGUCAGUAGUACUGCGGACGCGCCGACCUUCAAAUUUAACUUUUGAAAGAUUGAUACUUUGAUCGUUU